GACUUUUGACAGAUAACCAGAUGUUUAAUGUCAAAUGUCAUAUAGCGGUUUUAUUUGUGAAUUGUAUCUGAUAACAAAAUUUUGAACUAAAUAUUGAAUUGAAUUAAAAGAGUAUUUGCUUGAGACAUUUAGACAAUGGCAAUAUCAAAAAACGUUCGAUACAUAAUGUUUCUUGGCGGAUUUGUUGGUUUAAUAGGUGCUACAAUGUAUCCGAUUGCUAUUAGUCCUAUGAUGGAUGUCUCUGAAUAUAAAAAGAUCCAAAAAGAAGCCAGAAAAAACAUUCGACAAGAAGAUAUCCAACCAGGAAAUAUGAAAGUGUGGUCAGAUCCGUUUGGAAGAAAAAAGCCAGACAGUGAAUAGGUUUGUUAAAUAAUAUUAUUAUUUAUUUGUAUGUAGAAUGUUAACUAAUAAAGUUAUAAAUUUGUUUCCAA